GGCUAUCUUAUUGCGUACAUAAAUGUGGAGUACUCCUUUGUGGAAGACACGUAUUCCUGCAUUUAUAACUGAUACUUCAUUCACUUCUCCUUUUGUGUUCGUUUCGAAUAGAAACCACCUUGUGCACCGUCGUUAUUUACUGCAAACAACUCCUUUGAAUCCAUCCAAGUUGACGAUGAGUCAGCGAACCAAGACACUCAUCGAUAGACCCAAGUCGAUGAAAUAUGAUGCAGUGUUGGACUUUUUAUUGCAGAAAAAUCAACAGUUUCAAAGAGGUGUGGAAACUGGAGCUAUUCUAGAAAACGAGAGCCAACCAGAAUAUCGUCAAUCACUUGCACACGGUGGUCAGAAACCUAUAGCUACUAUAGUCACUUGUUGUGAUUCUCGCGUCAUACCUGAGGUGAUAUUUCAACAAGGUUUUGGGAAAUUGUUCACUGUAAGAACAGCAGGUAGCUUAGUUUCCAGUCCAACUGUACUUGGUUCAAUUCAGUUUGGUGUGGAAAACUUUACAACUCCACUUUUGAUGGUAAUGGGACACACGGAAUGUGGUGCAGCUAUCACUGGAUGGAAUAUGUGUCAUCAUGAAAAACAUCGAAUACAACAACUUUCUCCAGCGUUGCAAUCACUCAUUCGUCCUAUGGAACCUUUAGUGGAAGAAAUACAAAGUCGGUAUAACAAUAUUUCCAUUUCGGAAGCUAGUCAACAUUUAGCUGAAGCAAUUGCCAAAGAUGCUGUAAAAACUAUCCUAAAGGAAUUGCCAAGUUUGAAUCAAUUGCAAGCUAGUCAUCAGUUGGGUAUAGUAUCUGCCUUGUAUGAUCUUCAUCAAGGAAAUGUGGUCGUAUUGGAAAAGAGUUGGAAAUAAAAAAGAGUAUUCAAAUGAGCGAUGCCAAGUUGGCGUUACAACUAUAUAAAGCACUUAUAAGAGUA